UAUUUCUACAUUUCUCUAUUCUCUUGGAAAGAACCGUCCGCUUCUUCUGCUGUAUACGGUGCAAUCACUCAAAAGCUUUCACCGCUCUCCGAAAACCCUAAUUCCAUCACAUACUUCCAAAUCAAAUACCCUGAAAUAUGGCUUUUAUUGGACGUUCUCCGUCAAUCUCAUUUUGAAUUACUCGAACCGAAUCAUUAAGCUGGAGUGAGUGAGGCACUCUUUCGAUCAUCGCCAUGUUUGAAGCUCAUGUUUUGCAUUUGCUUCGAAGAUAUUUGGGGGAGUAUGUUCAUGAUCUCUCAUUAGAGACUUUAAAGAUCAGUGUUUGGAAAGGUGAUGUUGUUCUCAAAGAUUUGAAAUUGAAGGCAGAGGCACUAAACUCUUUAAAUCUUCCAGUUACUGUCAAAGCUGGUUUUGUGGGCACCAUAACUCUGAAGGUUCCUUGGAAAAGUUUAGGUAAAGAACCUGUGAUAGUUCUUAUUGAUCGUGUAUUUCUUCUUGCUCACCCAGCUCUUUAUGGCCAGGCUCUUAAGGAGGAUGAUAGGGAAAAACUUUUCAAGGCUAAAAUUCAACAAAUUGAGGAGGCAGAAUCUGCAACUCUUGAAGCAAUAGCUGGGUCAAAGCUAGGAAAUCCUUCUUCUGGGAAUUCAUGGCUUGGUUCUCUGAUUGCUACAAUUAUUGGAAACCUGAAGAUAACUAUUAGCAAUGUACAUAUCAGAUAUGAGGAUUGCAUCAGCAAUCCGGGCCAUCCAUUUGCUUCUGGUGUUACACUGGCUAAGCUUGCUGCUGUUACGAUGGAUGAGCAAGGAAAUGAGACCUUUGAUACCAGUGGUGCUCUGGAUAAGUUGCGUAAGUCUUUGCAACUGGAGAGGCUUGCUAUGUAUCAUGAUUCAGAUAACCUGCCUUGGAAGAUGGAUAAGAAAUGGGAAGAUCUUAGUCCCAAAGAGUGGAUUGAGGUAUUUGAAGAUGGUAUUAAUGAACCUGCUACUGGAUGUGAAGUGGUGUCGAAAUGGGCUAUGAAUCGCAAUUACUUGGUGUCACCAAUCAAUGGAGUACUUAAGUAUCACAGGCUUGGCAAUCAAGAAAGAAAUGAUCCAAAUAUUCCUUUUGAGAAGGCUUCUCUUCUCCUAAGUGAUGUCUCCUUAACCAUCACUGAGGCACAAUAUCAUGAUUGGAUAAAACUUGUAGAAGUUAUUUCAAGAUAUAAGACAUAUGUUGAAAUUUCCCAUUUAAGACCCAUGGUGCCAGUUUCAAAGGAGUCUUAUUUCUUGUGGUGGCGAUAUGCAGCUCAGGCUGCAUUGCAGCAGAGGAAAAUGUGUAUUCGGUUCUCGUGGGAUCGAAUUUCACAUAUGUGCAAGCUUCGUCGGCGUUAUGUUCACUUGUAUGCCAGUUUGCUACAACAGUCAUCAAAUGUUGACAAGUCAGAAGUUAGAGACAUUGAGAAAGAUCUUGACUCAAAAGUAAUUCUUCUAUGGAGGUUACUUGCACAUGCAAAGGUUGAAUCUGUAAAGUCAAAGGAAGCAGCUGAACGGAGAAGGCUUAAGAAGAAAAGUUGGUACUCAUCAAUAUGGCGCACACAAUCUGAAGAUGCAUCUGAUGGGGAGGCUUUGGAUGGAUCGCAGUUAACAGAUGAAGGACUGAGUAAAGAAGAGUGGGAGGCAAUCAAUAAGUUACUCAGUUACCAGCCAGCUGAGGAUUUGAUGUCACAUUCAGGGAAGGACUUGCAAAGUAUGAUCCGGUUUAUGGCUACUGUAUCUAUUAGUCAAGCUGCUGCGAGGAUCAUCAAUAUAAAUCAGACAGAGAUUAUUUGUGGUAGAUUUGAACAACUUCAUGUGUCUGCGAAGUUUAAACAUCGCAGUACCCAUUGUGAUGUAAGGUUAAGAUUCUAUGGUUUGUCAUCCCCUGAAGGUUCGAUUGCUCAGAGUGUCUGCAGUGAGAAAAAGGUGAAUGCGUUAACUGCUAGUUUUGUCCACUCACCAGUGGGAGAGAAUGUUGAUUGGAGGUUGUCAGCUACAAUUUCCCCCUGUCAUGUUACGAUUUUGAAGGAAAGUUGUGAUCGAUUUUUUGAGUUUGUGAAGAGGAGUAAUGCAGUUAGUCCAACUGUUGCUUUGGAAACUGCCACUGCAUUGCAGACGAAGAUUGAAAAAGUAACUCGUCGAGCACAGGAGCAGCUUCAAACAGUGUUAGAGGAACAAAGCAGAUUUGCUCUGGACAUCGAUCUUGAUGCUCCAAAAGUUAGGAUUCCUCUAAGGACACGUGGUUCUUCCAAAUGUCAGAGCCAUUUUCUUUUGGAUUUUGGUCAUUUUACAUUGCAUACCAUGGAGAGUCAGUCUGAUGAACAGAGGCAGAAUAUCUAUUCUCGUGUGUACAUAUCUGGAAGGGAUAUUACUGCUUUUUUUAUAGAUUGUGGUUCUGAUUGCCAGAGCUGCACUUCUGUUGAACCGAAUUCUAGCAAUCGAUCAAUGGUGAUGUCUCCUGGGUUGGAGAAGUUCGGCAAUUUCUAUUCUCUCAUUGAUAAGUGCGGGAUGGCAGUAGUUGUUGAUCAGAUUAAAGUUCCUCGCCUAAAUUACCCGUCGACCCAUGUGUCUGUUCAAGUGCCGAAUCUUGGCAUUCACUUUUCACCAGAAAGAUACUGCAGACUUAUGGAACUGUUAGACAUAUUAUAUGUUGCUAUGGAUCCUUGUGGUCAGCCUGGUGGUGUUGAUUUCCAAGCUGGGGUGACUCCUUGGAGUGCUGCAGAUCUUGCUACUGAUGCCAAAAUCCUAGUUUGGCGGGGUAUUGGAAACUCUGUUGCUUCAUGGCAGCCCUGUUUUAUUGUGUUAUCUGGAUUCUAUCUUUAUGUCUUGGAAUCUGAAAAAUCUCAGAACUACUCGCGGUACUUGAGCAUGGCUGGAAGACAGGUGCAUGAGGUUCCAUCAACAAAUAUUGGUGGGUCUCCAUUAUGUAUUGCUGUGGGUCCUAGAGGGAUGGACACUAAGAAGGCUUUAGAGUCUUCAGGUACCUGGGUUAUUGAAUUCCGAGGGGAGGAAGAAAAGAUAACUUGGUUGAGAGGACUUAUACGAGCCACGUAUCAAGCUUCUGCUCCUCCAUCUGUUGAUAUACUUGGAGAAACAAGUGAUGGUAUAAGUGAAUCUGAUGAUCCUCAAACAAGAAAUUCAAAAGCGGCAGACCUUGUUAUUAAUGGGGCAGUUGUGGAGACAAAGUUAUACAUAUAUGGAAAGACAGGAGAGGGUGUUGCUGAGAAACUAGAAGAGCAACUUAUUCUUGAGGUUCUUGCUAGUGGUGGAAAGGUGACAAUGAUUAGUUUGGGGAGUGACCUAUUGUUGAAGACAAAGCUGCAUUCUUUGAAAAUAAAGGAUGAGCUUCAAGGUCGUCUGUCAGGCGAUCCACAGUACUUGGCCUGCUCUGUGCUGAAAAAUGACACUUCACUUCAAUCCCAUCAAAUUUGUGGUUCACAUGGAAACCAGAUGUCUGAGUUGCACCUAGAUGACGAUGAUACUUUCAAGGAUGCUCUGCCUGAAUUUAUGUCUCUGACUGAUCCUGGUGCUCUCUCACAAUAUAUGGAUAUGCAGGAUGCUUCUGGGUUUGAGUCUUCUGAAGUGUUAAAUCAUCAAAACAGUUUGUUACAAGGAAAGAGACUUUCUGGAGAGAUAUUUUAUGAAGCUCAAGGUGGUGAUGAUUUGGAUUUUGUAUGUGUUACUUUCUCAAAGAGGGGUUCUGGUUCACCUUUUUAUGAUGGCAUAGACACACAGAUGAGCAUUCGCAUGUCCAAGCUGGAGUUUUUUUGCAACAGACCAACUCUAGUUGCUUUGAUUGGGUUUGGCUUGGAUUUAGGCUCUAUGAGUUAUCCAGCAAGUGUUAUGGAUGUACAUGAAACAUUGGAUGAUAAAUCUUUGAUGAAUAAAGAAAAGGCUGAAGAAAGUGGUCGUGUUGAUGGGUUGCUGGGGCAUGGUAAAGCUCGUGUUGUAUUCUAUUUGAACAUGAAUGUUGGUAGUGUCACUGUGUUUCUUAACAAGGAGGAUGGAUCUCAGUUGGCAAUGUUUGUGCAAGAAAGUUUCCUGUUAGAUCUUAAGGUCCAUCCGGCAUCCCUUUCUAUUGAAGGUACAUUGGGAAAUUUGAGACUUCGUGAUAUGUCACUUGGAACAGAUAACUGCUUAGGUUGGUUAUGUGAUAUACGUAAUCCAGGGGUUGAAUCCCUUAUAAAGUUCAAAUUCAAUUCGUUCAGUGCUGGAGAUGAUGAUUAUGAAGGGUAUGAUUACAGCUUGUUUGGGCGACUUUCUGCCGUUCGAGUUGUUUUCCUCUAUAGGUUUAUUCAGGAGAUAACAGUUUAUUUUAUGGAGCUUGCCACCCCACAUACUGAAGAAGUAAUAAAACUUGUUGAUAAAGUUGGCGAUUUCGAGUGGUUAAUUCAGAAAUCCGAAAUUGAUGGGACUACUGCUUUGAAGCUGGAUCUCACACUUGACACUCCUAUAAUUAUAGUUCCAAGGAAUUCACUGAGCAGAGACUUCAUUCAACUUGAUGUGGGUCUGCUAAAGGUCACUAAUGAAAUAACUUGGCAUGGAUUUCCUGAAAAAGACCCUUCAGCUGUUCAUCUUGAUGUUCUUCAUGCUGAGAUUCUUGGAGUAAACAUGUACGUGGGAAUUGAUGGUUGUAUUGGUAAACCACUGAUUCGUGAAGGCCGAGGGCUCGAUGUUUAUGUUAGACGGAGUUUGAGGGAUGUUUUCAGAAAAGUCCCAUCAUUUGCUUUGGAAGUUAAGGUUGAUUUUUUGCAUGGUGUAAUGUCUGAUAAAGAAUAUGAUGUUAUUCUGAAUUGUACAACUAUGAAUUUCAAUGAAACCCCAAAUCUGCCUCCAAGUUUCCGUGGCGGCAAAUCUGGUUCUAAAGAUACAAUGAGGCUACUGGUUGAUAAGGUCAACAUGAAUAGUCAGAUGCUUCUAUCACGUAGUGUAACUACUGUGGCAGUUGAAGUCAAUUAUGCAUUGUUGGAAUUGUGUAAUGGCAUUCAUGAGGAAUCACCUUUAGCUCGUAUAGCUCUAGAAGGUCUUUGGGUAUCAUACCGAAUGACUUCAUUAUCAGAAACAGAUUUGUAUCUGACUAUUCCGACCUUUUCUGUUCUGGAUAUCCGCUCCAAUACAAAGCCUGAAAUGAGACUCAUGCUUGGAUCUUCUGCUGAUGCUUCGAAACAAGCUUCCAAUGGAAACUUUCCACAUUUAUUAAACAAGCGUAGCUCGAGCAGAGUGAAUUCUGAAGCCUGUUUUGAAAAUGUACCCAUUUCAACGAUGUUCUUAAUGGAUUACAGAUGGCGACUAUCCUCCCAAUCAUUUGUGCUUCGGGUUCAGCAGCCUCGAGUACUUGUUGUGCCGGAUUUCCUUCUUGCUUUGGGUGAGUUUUUUGUACCAGCAUUGGGGGCAAUAACUGGAAGGGAAGAAACAAUGGACCCAAAGAACGAUCCAAUAAGUAAAAAUAAUAGCAUCGUGCUUUCUGAUAGUAUUUAUAAACAGGAAGAUGAUGUUGUGCACUUGUCACCGAGUAGACAGUUGGUUGCCGAUUCCCAUGGCAUUUAUGAGUAUACGUAUGAUGGUUGUGGAAAGACUAUCAUUUUAAGUGAAGAGAAUGAUGCUAAGGAGUCUCACUCUACAAGUUUUCGUCCUAUUGUUAUCAUUGGAUGUGGUAAGAGGUUGCGAUUUGUCAACGUGAAAAUUGAGAAUGGUUCACUUUUGAGAAAGCAUACAUACUUGGGCAAUGAUAGCAGCUAUUCAGUCUCACCAGAAGAUGAUGUUGAUAUAUUGUUGAUGGAUAAUUUAAGUUCUGAUGGAGACAAGAAGAAUGUAGAUAGUAUGGAGCUAAUAAACGCUUCAAAGGCUUCUUCAGAUUUAGAAGACAACCAGAAUUCUGUGGAGAGUUUCACUUUUGAAGCUCAGGUUGUUUCUCCCGAGUUUACCUUUUUUGAUGGUACAAAGUCUUACUUGGAUGAUUCGUCUUACGGUGAAAAGCUUUUACGUGCAAAAAUGGACUUGAACUUCAUGUAUGCAUCAAAGGAGAAUGAUACCUGGAUUCGUGCUUUGGUGAAGGAUCUGACUGUUGAGGCUGGUUCUGGUCUUAUCAUUUUGGAUCCACUGGAUAUCUCUGGGGGAUAUACUUCCAUCAAAGACAAAACAAACAUGUCUUUGAUGUUAACUGAUAUUUGUAUUCAUCUUUCAUUAGGUGCAAUUUCUCUUAUACUUAACCUACUGAACCAAGCAGCUGCAGCAUUACAGUUUGGAAAUUCAAUUCCUCUAGCUCCUUGCAUCAAUUUUGACAGAAUUUGGGUGUCGCCUAAAGAAAACGGAUCUCAUAACAAUCUUACUAUUUGGAGGCCACAGGCUCCAGCAAACUAUGUUAUAUUGGGGGAUUGUGUGACAUCUAGGCCAAUUCCUCCUUCACAGGUUGUACUAGCAGUAAGUAAUACAUAUGGCCGUGUGCGGAAGCCAGUGGGUUUUAAUCUUAUUGGCUCUCUCUCUCGUGUCCUUGGAUUGGAAGGAGAGGAUGGCCAUUCUGAUGUUGACAGUGACUGUUGCCUUUGGAUGCCAGUUCCGCCCCUAGGGUAUACUUCAAUGGGUUGCAUAGCAAAUAUAGGCAAACAUCCACCACCAAAUCAUGCUGUAUAUUGCCUGCGCUCUGACCUUGUAACAUCUACAACUUAUUCAGAAUGCAUGAUGAUCAUACCAUCAAAUCAGCAUUUUGCUUCUGGAUUUAGCAUCUGGCGUUUGGACAAUGUUAUUGGAUCAUUUUCUGCCCAUUCUUCAACCACAUGCCCGUCCAGAGAAAAUAGUACUGACCUGAGUCAUCUACUACUAUGGAAUUCAGUUUUGUCCUAUGCAUCUAUUAAGGAAUCUAUUCCUGGGUUUGCUGUGGAUAAUGAUCGUGCUAGUCAGAAAAAAGGUGACCAGAGCGCUAGUUCAUCUGGAUGGAACAUUCUCAGGUCAAUAUCAAAAGCAAGUAGUUGUUAUGUGUCAACCCGUCACUUUGAGAGAAUGUGGUGGGAUGUAGGCAGUGAACAUCGUAGACCGGUGUCAAUUUGGCGGCCUAUAUCUCGCCGUGGUUAUGCCACAGUGGGUGAUUGCAUUGUGGAAGGCUUAGAACCCCCUGCUCAGGGUUUGAUCUUUAAGUCUGAUGAUCCAGAAAUCUCUGCAAAGCCGGUAAAAUUUAUAAAAGUGGCCCAAAUUACAGGGAAAGGUCUUGAUGAAGUUUUCUUCUGGUACCCAAUUGCUCCCCCUGGUUAUGCUUCUUUGGGGUGUGUGGUUUCCAGAACAGAUGAAACCCCAUGCGUGGAUUCUUUGUGCUGCCCAAGGAUGGAUCUUGUUAACCCAGCCAACAUUCUUGAAAUGCCAAUUUCAAAAUCUUCAACCUCAAAGGCACACCAGUGCUGGAGCCUUUGGAAAGUUGAAAAUCAGGCUUGUACUUUUCUUGCAUGCUCUGAUACAAAAAAGCCAUCAACACGGUUGGCUUACACUAUUGGUGAUUAUGUGAAGCCGAAGACACGGGAAAACGUUACUGCUGAGAUUAAACUAAGAUACUUCUCUCUAACUGUUUUAGACAGCCUACAUGGAAUGAUGACACCACUAUUUGAUGUGACUAUUGCUAAUAUCAAGUUGGCGACACAUGGUCGGUUGGAGGCUAUGAAUGCAGUCCUCGUUGCUUCUAUUGCUGCUUCAACCUUUAAUACGCAACUAGAAGCAUGGGAGCCCUUGGUGGAGCCAUUUGAUGGCAUAUUCAAGUUCGAAACAUAUGAUGCGGAUGUGAAUUCACCAUCAAGACUUGGGAAGAGGAUGCGCAUUGCUGCCACCAACAUUGUGAAUGUAAAUGUCAGUGCUGCAAAUCUUGAAACUUUAGUAGGGACCAUUCUAUCAUGGAGACGACAGUUAGAGCUUGAACAAAAAACGACCAAGCUGAUUGAGGAGGCUCGUGCUCAUUCUGGACAUGAAGAUAUGGCCUUUUCUGCCCUGGAUGAAGAGGAUUUACAAACAUUGACAGUAGAGAAUAAGCUUGGUGAUGACCUGUUCCUGAAAAGAAUUGAGCAAGAUUCAAAUGUGGUUGACCAACUUCAUCAUGGUGACUGUGCUUCAGUUUGGAUUCCUCCUCCAAGGUUCUCAGACAGGUUAAAUGUUGCGGAGGAAUCUAGGGAAGCACGCUAUUCUGUUGCUGUGCAGAUUCUUUUUGCCAAGGAUUUACCUUUAAUCAAUGAUGGUAAUAGCCAUAACUUCUUUUGUGUUUUGCGCCUUGUCGUUGAUGGUCAAGCAACAGAUCAGCAAAAACUUUUCCCUCAGAGUGCGAGGACAAGAUGUGUGAAGCCCUUAGUUUCAGACAUGGAGCAUCAAAAUAAAGGCAUUGCAAAGUGGAACGAAAUUUUCAUAUUCGAAGUUCCUCGAAAGGGGGUUGCAAAAUUGGAGGUGGAGGUAACAAACCUUUCAGCAAAAGCUGGUAAAGCAGGUGAAGUUGUUGGUGCACUUUCUUUUCCUGUUGGACAUGGUGCCAGUAUUUUAAAGAAGGUAUCUUCAUCAAGGAUUCUGUCUCAAAUAAAUGAUAUUCAGAAUGUUGAAUCAUAUCCCUUGAGGAGAAAGUCCAACAAUACUGAAGAUACUCAUGACCAUGGAUACCUCUCUAUUUCGACAUCUUAUUUUGAGAGGAACACAACUGCAAAUUUUCAAAGAGAUGCAGAAAGCAAGGAUGCUUCUCCUAAGGAUAUUGGUUUCUGGAUUAGGUUUGGAAAAGAGGGUUCAUGGGAGAGCAUUCGUUCGCUGCUUCCGUUGUCAGUAGUUCCCAAAUCAUUACAAAGUGAAUUUAUUGCAAUGGAAGUUGUCAUGAAAAAUGGAAAGAAGCAUGCUAUUUUCAGGGGCCUUGCAACAGUUGUAAAUGAUUCUGAUAUUAAUUUGGAUAUUUCAGUAAGUCAUGCAUCAAUCAUUCAGGAUUCAGGAUCAAGCAGUCAUAACAUUGUGGUGGAAGAAAUCUUUGAGAAUCAACGCUAUCAACCAAAUUCUGGUCAGGGCAAUGAUCCCCCGCUCUGGAGCACCAAAGACUUCUCAUAUUCUUCAAAGGAUUUCUUUGAACCUCCCCUUCCCAGUGGGUGGGAAUGGAUAUCAACAUGGAGUAUUGAUAAAUCCCAAUUUGUUGAUGAAGACGGCUGGGCUUAUGGUCCUGACUAUCAAAAUUUGAGAUGGCCCCCAACUUCUUCGAAGUCACAUGUUAAAUCUAGUCAUGGUGUGCGCAGGAGGCGUUGGAUCAGAAGAAGGCAACAAAUUGCUGAGCGCGGAAAAAGUUGCAUAAAGAGUGACUUCACUUGCAUAAGUCCUGGAUGUUCUACUGUUUUACCAUGGAGAAGUACAUCUAAAGCAUCUGAUCAAUGUUUACGCAUUCGUCCUUGUGUUGAUCAUCCUCAGCCCCCGUACACUUGGGGUCGUGCCAUUGUUGCUGGUGUCAGUUCUAGUUUCGUUAGUGGAAAGGACCAGCCUUUCUUGGAUCUAGGUUCACUAUAUAGACAAGAUUCUUUUCCACAAGGAAGCAAAAUGCCCAAUUUUGCUCUCCAUUUGAGUCAACUUGAGAAGAAGGAUGUACUUCUUUGUUGUUGCCCUACUGUUGGGAGUAAACAGAUAUGGCUCAGUGUAGGUGCAGAUGCAUCAGCCCUGCCUACAGAGCUUAAUCAACCUGUUUAUGACUGGAAGAUAUCUGUCAAUUCUCCAUUGAAGUUGGAAAAUCGACUUCCUUGUCCUGCUGCAUUCACAAUAUGGGAAAAGGAAAAAGAAGGGAACUAUAUUGAGCGAGAGCAUGGUAUGAUUUUUUCACGCAAUAGUGCUCAAAUAUAUUCAGUGGACAUCAGAAGACCUGUAUAUCUUACAUUUCGUGUACAGGGUGGUUGGGUUUUGGAAAAGGACCCAGUUCUUAUUCUGGAUCUUUCUUCCAGUGCUCACAUUUCAUCUUUCUGGAUGUUCCACCAGCGAAGUAAAAGGAGAUUGCGUGUGAGCAUUGAAAGUGAUAUGGGGGGUACCAAUGCUGCGCCAAAAACAAUAAGGUUUUUUGUUCCAUAUUGGAUCAUCAAUGAUUCAUCUCUGCCUCUAGCUUAUCAAGUGGUAGAAAUUGAAGGUUCAGAUAGUGCAGACACUGAUUCACACUCACUCUCUAGAGCAGUUAAAUCUGCAAGAACAGUUUUGAGGACCCCUUCUUACUCGAUGGAAAGGAGAAACUCUGGUCUGAGGAGAAACAUCCAAGUACUUGAAGCUAUCGAGGACACCAGUCCAAUAGCAAGUAUGCUUUCCCCACAAGAUUCUGCUGGUCGUAGUGGUGUUAUGUUGUUUCCAUCACAGAAAGAUACAUAUGUGUCCCCACGGGUUGGCAUUUCUGUGGCUAUUCGUGAUUCUGAAAUUUACAGUCCUGGUAUUUCUCUUCUUGAGCUUGAAAAGAAGGAACGUGUUGCUGUAAAAGCAUUCGGUUCAGAUGGGUCGUACUAUAAGCUUUCAGCUAUAGUGAAUAUGACCUCAGACAGAACAAAGGUCAUUCAUCUUCAGCCAUACAUGCUGUUUAUCAACAGGAUAGGUUUAAGCCUUUGCCUGCGACAGUGUGAUUCUCAUACAGUGGAAUGGAUCCAUCCCACUGAUCCUCCAAAACCAAUUGGGUGGCAGGGUUCUUCAAAACUUGAGCUUUUGAAGUUGCGUGUAGAUGGAUAUGACUGGAGUACACCGUUCAGUGUUUCUAAUGAAGGCGUGAUGCGUGUUUCUUUGAAAAAUGGCAAUGGAAGUGAUCAGUUAUUUUUUAAGGUUGAAGUUAGGAGUGGAACAAAAAGCUCACGCUACGAAGUUAUUUUCCGCCAUAAUUCCUCAUCCAGUCCUUACAGGAUUGAAAAUCGUUCCAUCUUUUUACCAAUUCGCUGCCGGCAAGUUGAUGGUACCAGUGAUUCAUGGCACUUUCUUCUUCCCAACACUGCUGUUUCUUUCUUAUGGGAAGAUCUUGGUCGACAGCAUUUGAUGGAAAUCCUUGCAGAUGGGACUGACCCAUCAAGGUCAGAAAAGUAUGACAUUGAUGAGAUUGCUGAUCACCUACCAGUUGAUGUGACUGGCCCUGCCAGAGCUUUAAGGGUUACCAUCCUAAAAGAAGAAAAACUAAAUGUUGUUAAGAUCAGUGACUGGAUGCCUGAAAAUGAGUCAGCAAUCACUGGACAAAGGAUUUCGUCCUCAUUAUCAGAUUUCUCUAGAAAUGAGUCCUGGCAACAACAAUUGCAGCCUGCGUCAGAAUGUGAGAUUCAUUUUAUUGUCGAACUUUCUGAGCUUGGGGUGUCCAUUAUUGACCAUACACCUGAGGAAUUAUUAUACCUUUCACUGCAAAAUCUUCAUUUGGCAUAUUCAACUGGCUUGGGAUCUGGUUGUAGCAGGUUCAAAUUAAGAAUGAGAGGAAUUCAAAUGGAUAACCAGUUGCCGUUAACCCCAACUCCAGUUCUCUUCAGACCACAGAAAAUUGGGCAGGAAACUGAUUAUAUUAUGAAAAUUUCUGUGACUCUGCAGACAAAUGGAUCACUGGAUCUCUGUGUCUAUCCAUAUAUAGUUUUUGAUGUGGGCAUGGGGCCGGAUAAUUCUGCAUUUUUGAUAAACAUACAUGAACCAAUUAUAUGGCGCAUACAUGAGAUGAUGCAGAAGGUCAAUUUCAGUAGGUUAUAUGAUGCUAAAGCUACAGCUGUAUCAGUUGAUCCAAUUAUUCAAAUUGGGGUUCUCAACAUAUCAGAAGUUCGACUUAAAGUGUCAAUGACUAUGUCACCUAGUCAAAGGCCUAGGGGAGUACUUGGCUUCUGGGCAUCCCUAAUGACUGCACUAGGGAACACUGAGAAUAUGACUGUCAAGAUAAAUCAAAGAUUUCAUGAGAAUGUGUGCAUGAGGCAGAGUACUAUGAUUAGUAAUGCUGUUUCAAACAUCAAAAAGGAUCUUCUUGGUCAACCACUUCAAUUGCUCUCAGGCCUUGAUAUAUUGGGGAACGCAAGUAGUGCUCUUGGUCAUAUGAGUAAAGGAGUUGCUGCUUUAUCAAUGGAUAAGAAAUUCAUUCAAAGCCGACAGAGACAGGAGAGCAAGGGUGUAGAGGACUUAGGUGGUGUCAUUAGAGAAGGGGGUGGAGCACUAGCAAAAGGCCUCUUUAGAGGAGUUACUGGCAUAUUAACGAAGCCUCUUGAAGGUGCAAAAACUUCAGGUGUUGAGGGCUUUGUUCAGGGUGUUGGAAAGGGAAUAAUUGGCGCAGCUGCACAGCCUGUGAGUGGGGUUCUAGAUCUUUUGUCAAAAACUACUGAAGGUGCAAAUGCAAUGAGAAUGAAGAUAGCAUCAGCUAUAGCUUCAGAUGACCAACUCCUCCGCAGGAGACUGCCUCGUGUAGUUAGUGGUGAUAAUUUGCUUCGACCAUAUGAUGAGUAUAAAGCACAAGGACAGGUAAUAUUGCAAUUGGCGCAGUCAACUUCUUUCUUGGGCCAGGUUGAUCUAUUCAAAGUACGCGGGAAAUUUGCAUUAUCAGAUGCAUAUGAAGAUCAUUUCAUGCUACCAAAGGGAAAAAUUAUUAUAGUUACUCAUCAAAGAGUAAUAUUAUUGCAACAAAGCUCUAACAUAACUCAGAGGAAAUUCAAUCCGAUGAGGGAUCCAUGUUUAGUAUUGUGGGAUGUACCAUGGAAUGAUCUGGCAACAAUGGAAUUGACUCAGGGAAAGAAAGACCAAUUCAAAGCGCCACCUUCACAGCUCAUACUCUACCUAAGGACUAGACCAUCAGAUACAAAAGAACAAGCUCGUGUCGUAAAAUGCAGCCGAGAUACUCAUCAGGCUCGUGAAGUUUACACUUCAAUAGAACGAGCAAUGAAGACAUAUGGACAAAACAUUUCAAAGGAGUUGCUGAAGAAGAAUGUUACUAAACCAUAUUCACCAGUUACUGAUAGCACUGCCGUUGAAAUGAGUCUGAAAGAAGGGGGUCCCACCUGGUCUCCUCAACAGGUGCCUACAUCGAGACCAACUUUUGGCAGCAGCAGCAACAACUAACUUGGGAAUGAGUGCCAACAGACACUAACAUCAUUUUCAGCAUCCAUCUUGGAUCAUUGAAUCAGCGUUGGCUGAGUGCUACAAAUUUUGCAUGCUUGCAUUGUUGGAGCUGUAAAUGGCAUUAAAGGAAAACGGUUAGUGGAGUAGUAUAUAUUUGCAAAGCCCAUUACAAAUAUUAGGUGAUCGUUCUGCUUGAAUAUAAAUUCAAUAGAUAUUUCUUUAUA